UUGGAUCUAUGUGAAUGGCAAAUGAUUUAAUUGUAAUUCCACACAGUCGUGUCCGCCUUUUUCGGAGAUUGACAUUUAACAUUGAUGGACGCUGCAGAAACAACAUAUUCAAGAACGCAUCGUCGUUCGUGGGAUCUCACUUGCUUUACAUGCAUGCUUUUUACCUAAUUUACCUGCAUUGAUCACCCACCUGGAAGCUUUUUACAGUAACACGUUAAAGUUAAAGUGCUCGCCCUGUAGGAUUGAGGCUUGAGAACAAGUCUAGCCAUUUCCCUUCCGGAUGGACUCCUACAUUUCAACACCUUAGGCCUUUAAAGCCUUUUUUUCACCUCGUGCCCGGUGUCGCUCCACCUGUCCGGUGUCAGGUUUCGGAGGAUGCGCUGCUGUGGGAGGAGCCAACAGGGAGCACGUUGUCGUUAAACUAACUCCCCAUUGGUCCGCCGCUCGCAUGGGGCGGUCCGCCGGCGCACCGGCGGGUCGACGGGAGAGUCAGCGCGAGGCGUCACCGUCCGCUCAUUUCACGCCGUUCGCCUUCUAGAAGUAAAACCGCGGAGACCCAAAGCGCUCGUUACGACUUUUUUGAAACAACUCUUCCUCGGAUGUCGUGCAACUUUUAGCGCGGCGCGCGCUUCAGUUCCCCCCCCUCGACGCUCCCCAGUGGGGCUUCUCUGAGCGUCUGCAAUGGAAGAGGAUAACAACAGCGCCUUGCCAGAUUUGAAGGAUAUAGAGACCAAAUUGGGUCUUAAGGUCCCGGAGAGCCUGGUUCGUUCUCUUGCUGCGGGAAAGCAUCCCGACCAGUCCGGCGCGCCGCAUUCAGGGACCCGCAAAGCGUACGCUGACACCGCGGACCUGAAGAGACUGGAGGGCAAAAUGUUGUUCCUAAAACAAGAAAUGGCCCAUCUACGAGCCAUCGACGUGAAGCUGAUGCAGCAGCUAAUGUGCAUCAACGAGGGCAUCGAGUCCAUCCGUUGGAUGAUCGAAGAGAAAGGGGGCGUGGCCAGCCAGGAGAGCAGCCUGUCGGGCAGCUUGUACAGCCUGUCGGACAGCCAGGACGGCACGUCGCUGCGGGGCAGCUUCAACAGCCUGAACGGCGGCAACAGCGACGGGCUGGACAGCGUGUCCGUGGGCAGCUACUUGGACACUCUGGAGGAGGACCUCUCGGACGACCCGUCACCCACAGACCUCGACCGCUUCGCCGAUAAGACGGUCGGGGACGAGUUGGGCAAAUCGCCGCUGAAACUGCGGGCCGAAUCGGAUGAAUACUACUGCUUUGGAUAGGGAGGCCACUGAGACUACUGAGAUAUGAUGUGAAGAAAGAUUUAACAAUGUGUCCUUCGCUUUGACGCCGUAAACACCAGCAUCAUCACGGUGUGGUUUGGACACACCUCCUCAAACAGUUGCCACUUCAUGUCCCAACAUCUUAAGUUCUUUAAGUCUUAAUAUGUUAUCAUGCAGGUCAAAUUAUUUUUAAAAAGGGCUCUUAUUAUUAUCCGAUACCUCAGCAGUUUAUUUUCACAGAUGGGGGAAGCGCUUGGCAGACAGGGGCGGGAAUAGGAGUAGCAGCAUAAGCUGAUUAUCACGACGUCUUUAUCUGUGAAAAAUGUCAACGUGAGCUCUGUGUCGGGUCAACGCCAACAAUCUGAUCGAAGUGAAGGAGUAGAUUAGGAUUUAGGAGCCACUUGGGGAAUUGCAUCUCUCAUGCGGAGUGAUUCAAGUGUCUUAACUAUUUAAGGUGGUACGUUUAAGUGUUAACGCAAGUGCAAUUUGAUUCCAUGCCAAAUUCUGAGCUCCGCCUACUGUUAAUGACAAAGCUUUUAAUUAUUUUAUUUUUUACUGCGAUGUUUUGACUGAUGUAAGUUCCUUAACUCAAACACGGCCUGUUGAUAAAUAGUUUGAACGUACAUGUACACUCAAGAGAUUAGUAGCCCAGGUGCUGGACUGAAAACCAAAGCAAUUUGAAUGUCUUUGCGAUCAUUCAGGGCCGAGGCAAACCCCUGUUAAUGCCCAAUGGGAUGCCACAUGUGGGACACGCGUGGGUUUGCUCUGUGGGCACAUUUUUAAGUCCCCAAAACAGGUUUGUUGUUUUAGCUUUAAGAGUCAUGCUGAUUUGUUAUUUGUAUUUUACACUGCCUGCAGUUUUGUUAUCUUAUGUUGUUUUGGUUGCUGUUCAUUUUUGUUGUGGAAAUGGUAUAAUAAUAUAUUGUGAUUUUUUUUUUCUCUCACUCACACUGUAAGUCUUAAAUGCAACGAAAGAAAACCCUGAUGCACUAACUUGUUUCAAUUUUUCUGGAAUGAAGUUCACCGACCCCAUUAGGGAACCUUAAUGAGACAUGACGUAAACAUUGUGUUGCUUUUUCCUUGUUAAUUAAAUUAAGAAUAGUCUCUUAA